AUGGGUACGAAAGAGUACAUUUCCAGCUUAAAGAUUGUUCAUGGGGAUCUAGCUGCGCGAAACAUUUUAAUUGGCGAAGGUCUAGUGGCCAAGAUAGGUGAUUUUGGCUUGGGACAAGAUGCGUACGAGAAGGGAUAUUUACGAUUAAAAGACGGAGAAGUUCCAGUGAAAUGGUACAGUCUGGAAACGCUCAUAGAACAGUUUAUGACUCCAAUGAGUGACGUGUGGUCUUUUGGGAUUUUACUUAAUGAAGUAUUUACAUUUGGAAAGUCACCAUAUCCCGGCAUUAUAGUGGGGACUUUACCUCAGCUCCUUCAACGUGGUUAUCGCAUGCAGCGACCAGAGCAAUGUCCUUGCACAGCGUAUAAAAUAAUGAAAUCGUGCUGGCAUGAACAUCCAAGGAAGCGACCAACGUUUACCAUGCUGUACCAACAACUAGACACCAUCCUGGAGUUCGUUACCAAUGAUUCGGAUUUAUACAUCAAAUUAUCGGGAAUUACUAGUUGCAAGUACCAAACACUGGUAAACAAUGCUACCAAAGCUAUCAGUACAGGCUACAGUAUCUAA